GACUGUGUGGACCAGACCCGGUUCCCGAAGCGAAAUGAUGGCGGACGCCCCGGCUCAACGUCCUGGUGGCAUUGCACUGGCGGGAGCCUGGAUGAUUUUAUAGGGAAGGAGCUGCCGGGGCUCUUCGAUGCGAGCACACUCUGGCCAUUCUGA